ACAUAUUCUGUGGCCGGGCAGAAAGUGAUAAGAAACCUCUAUUCUUUUAUCUCGUCACUGAGAUAAACUGCAUGCAAAAUGAAGGUAGACUGCAUAAGUACUUCGCCCACCACUUCGCAAGCUGCUCUCGUCUGCGGACAUUUCCCGUCGAUCUCAUGCAAACCGUUUCAAGUCCCUGAAGAGAAGCGAGAAGGAAAUGAGGAAAAAUUCAAAGCCUUUGUUUUACCAUAUCACAAGCGUUUCAAAGGUUUAAACCUUGUAAUGGCCAUCGCAGUUGCUGCUGUAAUUUACCAGCUGGAGUGCGCAGUAACAUGCCUUCUGUUCUGUCUAGUUAUACCGUUUUUGCUGGUUGGGUUAGCGAUUUUAAAAUUAGCAAAAUACAUCGUGGAAAGUUACAUCGCCUUCAAAUGGAAUUGCAUUCCUUUUCGUGAAGAUGAUGCCGUCUGGCAGCAGGACCGAGAGACAAACCGUCAUAUCAUCAACGCUCUGAUGAUUAUUGAAGGUUUGCCAGACAUCGAGAAACUCCGCAGAAUUAUUUACGAACGGCUUGUUUACGGAAUAGAUGAAAGGGGUGAACGGAUUUGCCCACGGCUCACGCAAGUCAUACAAAAACAUUUCGGAUACUUCGUUUGGAAGGAAGAUGAGAAUUUCGAAAUGGAAAACCAGGUUUUGAAUUGGAAAGGAGAUAACCCAAAGUCUAUGGAAGAUCUGGAAGUAGUUGUAUCUGAACUCUGUUCGAGUCCUUUACCUCAGAGCCUGUCUCCCUGGCAAUUUAUUGUGGUGCCGAUAGUCGAGGAAGACAGCUUUGGCCUGUUACUUCGUGUUCAUCACAGUGUUGCUGAUGGAGUUGCUUUGACGAGAGUGUUUGUUAAAAAUCUUUACGAUGUACCACCACAAGGACCUGAACCAAAGAAGUUCUCUACUAAACAAAGAUUUUACAUGUGGUGUAAAGCUAUUCUUGUUGGUCCGUUGACGGUACUCAUUAAGUUUUUUUCCAGAGCGGACCACUCUUGUAUUCACGGUCAAGACCUUUCUGGCAAGAAAUUUGUGGCUUGGUCCAAGAACAUUGACUUAUCGCUUGUCAAACGAGUCAAGACUGUGGCUGGUACUACAGUAAAUGACGUGAUGGUGUCCUGUUUAGCAGGAGCUUUGAAUGAUUACCUUCACAGCCAACCCAACAGUGAUGCUGUCAAACUCGACGAUAUGUGGGCCUCAGUGCCGGUAGAUAUUCGGGCAUCGACACAAUCAGUCAAGCUCAAGAAUAAAUUUGCCUUGGUAUUCCUGCGGCUCCCGAUUGUGGCCAAAAACGCAUUAGACAGACUCCUUGCGACCAAACAACGCAUGGAUAUUAUCAAGGCAUCUGCCGAGCCUCUAGUGACAGCUACAACGGUACAGAUGUUAAUGAUGUUGCCUGAAUGUGUGUCCAAGCCACUCAUCGAUUUCUUUUCCAGGAAGAUGUCGUGUGUCCUAAGCAAUGUACCUGGACCUCAGCACACUUUAUACCUGGGAGGUCAGAAAAUUACUCAGGGAAUUUUCUGGGUCCCUAUGAGAGCAAAUAUUGGUGUGGGGUUAUCUAUAUUUAGCUACAACGGGGAAAUUCGCGUCGGAGUUUAUGCGGAUGAAUGCGUUCUUCCAAAACCCAGAGAAGUAGUACAGGAAUUUGAAAAAAACUUCUGUAAAUUAGUAAAUGAGUUAAAUAUAAAUGAAAAUGACGAACCAUGAUCAAUGACGAAGCAAACAAAAUAAUACAACUGAGGGUUAGUUCAAUUAUUCAGUGUUUAUUUGACAGAAAAGGUAAAUUGAAAUUAAGUGAAAAUGGAUUGUAUUAUAAUUAUAUCAACAUUAGAGUUAAGCUCAGAUCUGAGUGAAGCUCAAGGAUUUUAGAUAAAAGGUGAUAAGCUUAAAACUUGACAAAAAAAAAAGAAAGAAAGAAAA